AUGGCCAAAAUCACUUCUAUUGAAUACUUUCGUGUUCUGCCCCGCUGGCUAUUCGUUAAGGUUACCAGUGAGGACGGCCAUUAUGGCUGGGGAGAGUCAACAUUGGAAGGGCACACUGAAGCAAUUGAAGGCAGCCUCGAUGAAUUGAUCUUGAGAUUUGUGGGCUAUGAAGCUGAUGAUAUUGAGCACAUCUGGCAGACUGCCUGGAGAUUGGGAUUUUAUCGUGGUGGUGCCGUUUUCAUGUCUGCCAUCUCUGGAAUUGACAUUGCUUUAUGGGACUUGAAAGCCAGGAAGCUUGGCGUCCCUAUUUACUCGCUCCUUGGAGGAAAGGUUAGAAACAAGGUCGCAGUCUAUGCCUGGAUUGGAGGGGACCGUCCUGGAGACGUCGAAGAGCAAGCCAAGAAGCGCAAGGCUCAGGGAUUCACAACUAUAAAAAUGAACGCAACCGAGGACUUGGGCUGGUUGGACUCCCCAUCCGCGUUGAACGCUUCUGUCGAACGUUUGAAGGCUGUUAAAGCUGUCGGUCUCGAUGCUGGUCUUGAUUUUCAUGGCCGUAUUCACAAACCGAUGGCCAAACAACUUGCGAAGCUCUUAGAGCCCCACCAGCCACUCUUCAUCGAGGAGCCAUUGCUUUCCGAGCACCCCGAAGCCAUCAAGCACUUUUCUCAGCAGACCACAAUCCCAAUCGCUCUCGGUGAACGUCUUUACAACAGAUGGGAUAUCAAGCCAUUCCUUGAGUCAUCCUCGAUCGAUAUACUUCAACCUGAUGUCUCUCACUGCGGUGGAAUCUCUGAGAUUCGUCGCAUUGCAGCUAUGUGCGAGGCAUACGACGUUGGUGUAGCUCCCCAUUGCCCUUUGGGACCAAUUUCCUUGGCCGCCUCGAUUCAAGUUGCCAUGGCUACUCCCAACUUCGUCAUACAGGAGAUGUCUUUGGGCAUUCACUACAACAAGAUGACCCCCGCAGGCGCUGGCACCUGGGACUUGAACAGUUACCUUAAAGACACAUCUGUUUUUGAAGUCAAUGAAGGAUAUGUUAAGGGCCUUACAGGUGUAGGCUUGGGCAUCGAGGUUGACGAAGUGUUGAUCAGGAAGGUUUCUACCGAGUGUAAAACUGCCUGGAGAUGCCUUGAGUUCCACGGCCCCGACGGUGCUAUUAGAGAAUGGUAG